AUGAUUGAGCAAAACAACAAAAUUGGCCUGAUUACUGCGAUUUCAUAUACAAUUGGAGAUAUUGUUGGAUCAGGCAUUUUCAUUUCGCCAACUUCAAUUCUAAAUCAUGCCGGAUCGGUUGGGCUCUCUCUUUGCUUAUGGGCCAUAUGUGCUGUCAUCUCCUUAUUCGGCGCUUUAUCCUAUGUCGAACUCGGCCCUUCCAUCCGAAAAUCCGGAUGUGAUUUCGCGUAUCUCACAUUUUUCGGUUUGAGACCUUUCGCCGCCUCAUUCAUGUGGGCUUCAACAUGCUUAUCCUAUCCAGCGACAAUGGCGAUCCAAGCGGUCACAUUUGGAGAAUACGUUAUCACCGGCUUGGAUAAUUGGAUCUAUCUUGCUGACAAUUUCAGAUUUUUAGCCUAUCGACUCGUCGGAUUCUCAGUUCUAUGGCCUUUGAUGUAUCUCAAUUUUUUCUCGCUUCGCCAUGUCGCUGGUUAUUUCCAAAUUGUCGCCACAUUCACCAAAUUAAUCAUCGCCUCGAUCAUCAUUUUCACCGGAUUUUAUUUCAUCAUUUUCAAGCACAGCGUAUCGAACUUCAAUAAUAGUUUCAACGGUUCGAAUUGGAAUCCGAGCGGAUUAGUUCUCGGCAUUUAUUCGGGAUUGUUCGCUUAUAACGGAUGGGACGUGCUGAAUUUCGGAGCCGAGGAAAUCGAGAAUCCCCGCCGGACCAUGCCAAUCGCGGCGAUGACCGGCAUCUGCAUUUCGGCAACAAUAUUCCUUCUCAUGAACAUUUCCUAUUUUUCCGUGUUGACCGUCGACGAAUUCAAAACAUCUCCCGCAAUUGCUGUGACGUUUGCUGAGAAGACUCUCGGACAAUUUCACUACAUUGUCCCAUUUUUGGUAUCACUUCUUUUGUUGGGAAAUUUGAACACGACUAUUUUCGCGUGCAGCAGGUACAUGCAAGCCGGAGCCAAGGAAAACGUGAUGCCAACCCCAUUGAAAUUAAUAAAUCACUCAUCGCGUAGCCCACGGCUUACUGUAUUCGUUGUUGUCAUCAUCGCAAUUCUUUUAUCAUUUAUUGGAAGUCUGGAUCAACUCAUUUCGUAUAUGUCGUUUGCAACAUGGUCACAAAGACGGUUACUUCAGGCAGCGUUUGUUUAUUUCAAAUUCACGGGUAAAAUGAAAAGUCAAGACUCAUUUGUGGUUCCAAUCAUCGUUCCUUCCAUAUUUUUUGUGAUUUGCGUUUCACUUUUAGUUAUUCCAACUAUUCAGAACUAUCAUAUUGCCGUAUAUGGUUUAAGUCUUACGUUAGGCGGUGCAAUCAUUUACUUCAUUUUCGUGCGCCCAAAACAUUUACCGCCGAUAUUUAACGUAAUUAAUGAUCGAGUUGUUAAAUUCUCGCAAAUCAUGUUUGACAUGGUCAUUGACGAACAAUCUGGCUUCGAGACUCCAGAAUAUAUUUGUAAUUGCGAUUACAAAAUUAAAUUAUAA